AACAAAUGAAUAAAUUAGAACUACCUACAAGUACUUUUUAACUCACCAAUAAGUGGGUCUUCAUUGAUUGGCCCGUUUUAUAAAUUCAUCACUCACCCAGCACUAGUGUUGACACUCCAAAACCCUUAAGCCACUACAAUUCUCAUCGAAGUUGUGCAGUCACCAUGUCUACAAGACCGUUAAAGAAAAAAAACAAGACCAGAUCAUCCCGAGCGGGUCUCCAGUUCCCAGUGGGAAGGAUUCACAAGAUCCUCAGAAACGGGAACUUCGCACCGAGGAUCGGAAGCGGCGCACCUAUCUACCUAGCAGCUGCCUUGGAAUACCUAUCCGCCGAGAUACUGGAACUGGCAGCAGAAGCUGCUAGGGAUAACAAGAAGACCAGAGUGAUACCGCGUCACAUCCUCUUCGCGAUACGGAAUGAUGAGGAGUUAAGCAAGAUGCUGUCAGGAGUGACGAUAUCACAGGGAGGCGUGCUGCCCGCGAUCAACCCGCAGCUCCUGCCGAAGAAGACGGCGAAGAGUGGAUGAGGACGUGGUGAUUGUGUGAUGAAGGUCGAAUAAAUGGCCUGAUUAUUGACAAAGUCCUUUUCAGGACUGCA